GCAGGUGGACGCGGUGGCUGCCGGGGCUGGUAGUCCCUGGAGAGGGAAGGGAAGGGCAGGGCAUUCCGGCCGGCUGGGCGGGCGGAGUGCGGAGCCAUGGACAAGCUGAAGCGGGUGCUGAGCGGCCGCGACGCGGAAGAGCCGAGCGGCCUGGCCGAGGUUAUCGAUGCGACUUCCUUAGGCUGGGGCGCCCGAGUGAAAGGUUUCAUUGCCUGUUUUGCGAUCGGAUGCCUGUGCUCGAUCUUGGGUAGUUGUCUGCUAUGGAUACCAAAGAAAGGGCUGGUUCUCUUUGCAGUGUUUUAUACCCUGGGGAAUAUUGCAUCCAUUGGGAGCACCAUGUUUCUUAUGGGACCAAUGAAACAAUUGAAGCGGAUGUUUGAGCCUACACGUUUGAUUGCUACUAUUGUUAUGCUAUACACAGGUUUUUUUUUGUCUCUGCAACUUUCCUGUUUGCUCCUGUUGUGCCUCAUACUAACACUGUGUUCUGCUUUCUGGUGGUGUAAGGCAGGACUUGCACUGCUUUUCUGCAUCUUACAGUUUUUUGCCAUGGCAUGGUACAGCAUUUCCUUCAUACCAUAUGCAAGGGAUGCUGUGAAGAAAUGUGUUUCAGUCUGUCUGUCCUAACAGGAAUACUGGGUGUCUGACGAAGUUCUAGGUAGAACUGUGUUGGAUCACUGUGUUGUGUAGUCUCCUACUUCUGUCUUCAACACGUGCCUUUCAGCUGCUUGUUAGAAGCUCCUUGUGUUAUACCCAGCAUCUGCAUGCAUUGUAAGCAAUGGUGUCUGUGGGACAGGGGGCUUGUGAUCAAAUGAAAUUCAAUUUGGCAGAAGAACUGGGCAGAGGUCCACAAUUUGUUAUGGUGAUUCUUGCAUAAAUUCAUGCAUUUGGUUUUGCAAAAGUUUCAAAGUAAUGUGUGAAUUCUGUAAAGUGAAAAUCUUGGCUCUGGUGGGACUGUGCCAGUUCUGGAGUUGAAAACUGAUUUCUUACCAACAACUUGUUUUUUUUUUUUUAAUAGCCUUAUGUCACUUAAUCUUUGCACUGUUUGCCUUAGAUAAUGAAAUAUUGAUAUUCUUUCUUUUCCUAUCUCUCUUGAAAAAUUUUAGUUUUAUGAGAUUUCUAAAAGAUGUAAUGCUAAAACUAAACACGGUUUUGGACUAACCAUGAAAUGUUUGCAUCUUUGAUGAAAUACUUAAUUCUCAGUCCAUACUGAUACUCUUUCCUUAAAAUACAUGAAAGGGACAUUUUCAUCUGAAAAAUCUUGUUCCUGUUGGAAAAGCAUUCGUAAAAUAAGGUCCAUUGAUUUUUCAGCUACCAGGAACCUGAGUUCUUUUCCUUGCUCAUGGUUGCAAGGUAGGAAGCUGACAUUUUUCACACGAAGUGAGGGGCUUCUCUUCCAGCUGUAGAAUAAGAGCAAUGCAAAGGGCGUGGUAGGCAAGCAAUAAAAUAAUUUAUGUAUGUCCUUUCUCAAAGGACAAACUGUCAUAAGGUAGAAGUGGGUUAUUGUUUUUAAGCAGCCUGGGUCAGGGACAUUUUCUUCUGAACUUGUAAAUAAGUUAAAACUCCAACAUUUAUCUUUGUUUCUUUGUAAGUAGAAUCAGUUUUCUUUCUGCUAAGACUCUUGCACACACCAGUGAACUUCUCUGCAUGGAGGAGAAAGCACAAUAUUCUGUUGCCUGUGGUAGCAAGGAAGGCAUGAAAUAAUCCCUCUGCCAGCUCCAAACAAGUGCUGAGUGGUCUGUAUCCAAAUUCCAAGGCCACUCUGUUCUCUUCAUCUUCUGAGCUAUAUAUAAUCAUUUACUCCCAUGGCAUUGCAGUGGUCAGUUUAAUAUCUGAGCACAGAUACCUGAUUCUGCUGUGUGAGAUAAUGUUUAACUACUUUCCCCUUUCCUCUUACCAAACUGUCUUGCUGAAGCCAGUGUUUAAGAUUAUGGUUUUCCAGUGCACUCUAGUGGAAACUGAAGCAUCUCUUCCUCAAUCUACUAAGAGUUUAGUUGUUUAAGAGCAUUGUGUUUGUAUGGCAAGGGUAUCCCUGACUUGUACCACAAAGACUUUAAUGCAAGAAAAAUCUGGAUCUACCUGGCUGUGAAGUAUAAGCUCACAGUUUAGGCUAAUACUUCUAUGGCUUCCAGAAAGUUACUAAGAAAUUAAUUGAUCCAAAAUUUUAAAUUUAAGUGUCCUUCUGAUAAUUUAUAAAGCUCAGUACCAUCCACCUGUAAGGAUCCUCCAGAAAAAAAAUAAUUUAAAAUUCCCUUUGUAGACGGUAUCAAAGGGAGAUUUUGAUAAGCGUUCUGUGGAUUCUAGGUGCCAGAAUUACUGCUGAAAAGGAAUUUGAAUGGAAAAUGCCACCUUGGAAAGAUGUCACUGAUGUUGGAAUGAAACAGUUAUGCAGAUUCAAGUACUGCGUCCUGGUGCUUUUUUGCCUCCCAGGAUUUAGAAGUCUGUUGAAAUAAAUAUGUUGACUAUUAAUCUUCUUGAAAAGAUGAUUUGAUUAAAUACCCAAGAGAGACUGGGAAUUAAAGAAAACUGAUCCUUCUUUUCCCUGACUGAUCUAAGACAAGUGUCUAAACUGAUGUGUGUCUUUUUUUAUCAGGGACUAAGUUCAAAACCUAAUUUACAUCAGUCAAAGGACCUAUGCCAGUCUUUUCUUAGGACUUUGAUAAUGUUUACAGAAUUCCUUUUGUGUAAGGGAAAUUGAAAUGCAAUGCUCAAACCUUUUACAUUCCAAUAUUCCUUUAAUUUUAUAAUCUCCGAAUGUCACUGAAAAAAGCUACAAGCACAGUAUCCAUUGUUUCUCCUUCCCCUCUCCAGUUAAGUUACGUUAACUCUGAUCAUCAUUCCAGGUUCAGCAGCCACGAUAACGGAAUUUGACUUUUGGGAUUCUUUUUUUUGAUUACUUUAGAUUGGGAGGAGUACAUACCUUUUGAUUAUUCCUUGGAUAGCUUGGGCAGGGUUCUGGUAGCCUGACUCUCUGGCAGUUCUUUUGGAAGAACAGUACAGUUGGGUAUGGCGAAUAUUAGUUUUUCAAUGUGCACUAUUUCUAGCUAACUAGAACCUUUUAGCUGGCUCUUGUGAACACAACCAAUUAGAAGUAGGAAAUUUAUGAAAAUACCAGUAGAGAGCACAUAAAUGGAUUUUUGUCCUUUCCCCCUCUCGUCUCAGUUUAAAACUGUAAUUCCAGCUUCACAGCCUUUUAUGCAGGAAGAGAGAAGAACAAACCUUCAUUUGACUGCACAGCACAUGAGGCUAGGCAAUUGUGCCCUUACAGGAAGUGAACUCAAGGGAAGAUGGCAAGGACAGACACAAGGAUCACAAGAGUGCCACUGGGGUUUAUUCAAGAGUUGCCCUUUAGUGUUUUAUUCUGUUCCUCAGGACAUCAGACAGUAGGAGAGACUUGCCAUAUUCUUGCCAAUAUGUGAAAUGUACUCAGGGUUUGUUGCUUCAUCUUCAAGCAGUUUUUAUUUAAAGUAGCUCUCCCAGAACAAAACUCUUUAGAUUCUUACUCACUUUCAAAUAGUUGUAGUGACACUGUUUACAAGUUUAUCAGCAAAAGAAAUUUCCCUUUUAUUGAAGUAUAUUUUAUAUGACUUUUACAUAACUAGGGAGUAAACUAUAUGAAUAAACUAUAUGAAUAUUCCCUCUUGAGUAGUUUUAAAUCUGAAUUAGAUUAUAUCAUUAUACCUUUUUUUUGGUCAUUAAACCUACUUUGUGUUACAUUUUGAUAUCAUCAACUUUGGUUAUCUGCUUGGCAGGAAGCAUGGUGAGUAUUUCUGAAGCUUUCCAUCUCACUGUCCUUGAGGGCAGGAAUGUGUGUUGGUGUGUUGUGUGCACUUUACUGUGAAUAGAGAGCUUCUGGUUGGAAUCACAAAGCUCCUUCCUUCCCAAAGUCCUUGCUCAGUUGCUUACAGCUCUUAACUCAAGGCUGACUUCCCUAAGGAAACUUCUUUGGUGUUGGGUGCCCAUCUCAGUAGGAUUUGGUGUUCUAAAAGAAAGUGCUUUUUGCUCAUUCUGUUGACCAAUUUGUCCAACUUUUUUUCACUUUUUGCUGUACAGAUAACCUCAACCAAGCAGCCUUAGCGUACAGUUCUAGCAGGAAAUUUGUGUAUUCUGGAUCAGCUGACUUUCCAGCUAUAUUAGAAAGGGAGAUAGGGAGUGUGAUAGUCAUCUGUUCCCGAAGUACUGAGACUCUAUACAUUGAAAUACGGGAAUUUUUUUUCACUACUUCAACAUUUUGCUCUUUUCCAUGUGAUUAAGUCCAUUCUGCUGGAUCGGUCCAUGUCUCACAAACGGGAUGGGACUCUGACUGGUUGCAGACUUAGGAUUUAUUAUCUGUCUGUAUCAUACAAGCAAAAAGCAAGAGACACAGGAAAAUAACAACAUCCAUGCAAAUCCAGAUCAAAGACAAGAUGGCAGCUUAUGCAGAGCCUUUUUCUACAUAUUCUUUGAACCAGUAGCAUAAAAGAAAAGGUGUAAGGUCAUUAUAUUCUAGCCAAUAAGAAAAGGAUCCAUGUGGGUUUAACAUUAACAAAAGGACUUCUAUAAACCUCAAACAAUACACAAUAAUUCAUUAUUUAAGAUUGAAACUUUUUCUGUCUUUGCAAAGACAAAAUAUAUCUAGAACUUGUCACAUCUUGAACUAACAAUAAGUUCUUGUUCUUUCUUGUUCCUUAUGAUAUAUAUAAAUGUAUUCACUUGGUUUUUAACUUCCUAGUUUCCCAUGAGAAGGUUUAGAAAUUUCCCAGCCUUUGUUAGCUUUGUGUCUACUUUCUGAGGAUUUUUGCACUUUCUAAAUUCUUUUACCUUUUUAUAUUCCUACAGUCCAUUAUGAAUACUCAUACUAUCUGAAAUGUUUCAACACUGAUGAUGUGAACAAUUUAAUCUAAUUCAGUAUUUAUAGUAAUAAGAUUGUUCAUGAGCUGUUACAAAAAUCAAGGAAGAAUUUUCUGCCACAAGUUCUUUUCAGAAACCAUAUUUUUUAAAGGAAAGUAUGUUGGGCUCUAUGUGUGCCUCCAGCUUCCUGAGAACAGCUUUUCCUUCAUUUUGGUACUUAAUCAUGUUCAUGAGAUCACUGUGCUAUUGUAAACUGAGGAGGAGGAGGAUGUUUAAACACAUUUGUCUUAAAUACUGAUGUUUACAACCAUAGCAUGUGCUGACCAUUUUGGAGGGAAAGCACACAAAUGAUUUAUUGUCUUAAAACCAUGUGCCUCGCUGGAAUGUAACUAAAUAUUUUACCAGCUGUGGAAUAUUUUUGUAAAAUAGAAACCAAACUCAGAAAUUCUCUGCAAUAUUUUAUGCUGUUACUGGUUGUGUUUGCUGAUGUGCUUUUCCUAUGUAUUUACAUGUUGCGGUGGAUGCUCCAUGUGUGGGGACACGAGGCUCGACUCCAUUUCCUCAGAAGGCUGAUUUAUUAUGUUAUAUAUUAUACUAAAAUACUACAUAAAAACUAUACUAAAAGAACAGAGAGAAAAGAAUGAUCAGAAGGCUACAAAGAACAAGAAUAGAAUAGAAUGCAUAACAAAAUCCUGUGACUGCUCACAGCCUUGGCACAGGUGGCUGUGAUUGGUCACUGAUUGAAAACAAUCCACAUGGACCAAUGGAAGAUGCACCUGUUGCAUUCCACAGCAGCAGAUAGUUAUUGUUUACAUUUCUUUCCUGAGGCCCUCAGCUCUCAGGAGGGAAAAAUCCUAGGAAGGGAUUUUUCAUAAAAUAUCAUAGCUACAUUUACACUGUUUGAUUUUUACUUUGAUAAACAUCUUUUUUUCUGACUUACAACUUUCUCUGUAAUGAAGUGAAACCCUUACAAGUGGUGUUUAUUUCCUUUAGUAAAGUUAUCACUGUAUUAAAUUAAUUGUUCUUACAGUUAAUGUUCUGAAUGUUCUUGUGAAAUACAAAGCUGUGUUUCGUGUCAGGUACAUACAGGCAACCUGUGUAUCUGUGAUUGUGAUAUGUGUGGAAACUGACCAUGGGACAGUUAUAAAGACAAUUCUAAUAAAUAACUGAGGAAGUAAAGCAUGGAAGAAGGCUUUUAAACCUAUCCUUUGUUUGCAAUUAACCUUUAUAAGUCUUAAGUUGAUUUAGGAACAUUCGAAUUAAAGCUUUGAGGAUGUUGCUGUUUGACAGGAACUUUCUGCUUCUAGCUAAAAAGUGUUUUGCAAUAAUAACCUUUUGAAGUAUAAUUUUAGAAUAUUGCUUGUAGUAAGAAUCUUUGAAACUAUAGCUUUAGAAUAUAUAAAAAGGAAACAUGCUUAUCUCGAUGCCUUAACAAAAUAUUGAAAAGGAGCUUGAAAAAGGAAGAUGAACAUCAACUCAAGGAUUGAUAGUUUCAACCAAGGGAAGCUGGACAUCACUCUUAUGAGAUUUAGAGUCCUUGCAAUUAAAAGGUGAACCCACAUCUGGAAUCUGGACAUCACCAGCUGGGAGACUUCUUCUUUCAGAAGCUGGACCCCACCAUAUGAGGAUACUCUUUUCUGAGAUACAUCCUGACAAAAACUAAAUCACAAUAAUGUAUAGAAUUGUGACGUAAAAAUUUGGAAUAGAAACUGCUGAGAAAGCUUUUGAGUACUCCUGUAUAUAUCUGUAAGCCCCAACUAUCGGUGUGCAGUUGGAGGGAAAAUUUCCCCCACUGCACCCAGCACUGUAUUGCUCAUACCUUACCAUAUUAAUUAAUAAAUUGAUUGCUGCUUGAA